UUCUGCUCUUUCUGCUGCUUUGCUUCAUUUUUUGCUGAGAAGUAUUUUGGCUUGAAGUGAAAUUAGUUAAUUUAAAUUGAUUAUAAACAACUUUAAAAUUUAACAACAAUUAAUCUCCGUGAGAUUGGAAACUACUUUCGUGUAAUAAAUAUAAAUUGACUUUUUCACAAAUACAAAAGAAAUGGCAACUACAAUCGUUGAUUCUAAACCUCUAGAUGGACCUUCUGUUACCCUUACUAUUCGUUUAAUAAUGCAAGGUAAGGAGGUUGGUAGUAUUAUUGGUAAAAAAGGUGAUAAUAUUAAAAAAUUUCGUGAGGAAAGUGGUGCCAAAAUCAACAUAUCAGAUGGUUCCUGUCCAGAAAGAAUUGUUACUGUAACCGGAUCAACCGAGAGUAUUUUAAAAGCAUUCUCAUUGAUUGGUAGAAAAUUUGAAGAGAUUCAUGAACCAUGGAAAGACGGUCAAAGUGGAACUAACUCAGUCACAUUACGUUUAAUAGUACCUGCUUGUCAAUGCGGCUCGCUCAUUGGAAAAGGAGGUUCUAAAAUAAAAGAAAUUCGAGAAAUAACUGGAGCUAGUAUUCAAGUAGCUAGUGAAAUGUUACCUAACUCAACUGAGAGGACAGUUACCAUCUCUGGAAGCUCUGAUUCGAUAACUAAAUGUAUCUAUCAGAUUUGUUGUGUUUUGAUGGAAUCACCUGCGAAAGGUGCAACAAUACCUUAUCGACCCAAACCAGCAAUGGCACAGGUCUUCUUCGCUGGUGGUCAAGCAUACACUUUACAAGGUCAAUAUACAAUGCCUCACCCAGAUCUGACUGAAUUACAUCAAGAUGCACUUCAGCAUGGUCCUCUUAUACCCGGACACAAUGUUGGUGCUAUGAAUCCACAGGCUCUUGCCACUUUAACAGCUCAAAGUUCACUUCGACCUGUUACAGCAACUACUGAAAUGGCUAUACCAAAUCAUUUAAUCGGUUGUAUAAUUGGUAAAGGAGGGGCGAAAAUCAAUGAGAUUAGACAGCUUUCUGGAGCUUCGAUUAAAAUUUCAAAUUCAGAAGAAGGUUCUAAGGAAAGAACAGUUAGCAUCACAGGUACACCAGAAUCAAUCAAUUUGGCCCAAUACCUCAUUAAUUCCAGCAUGGAAUUGCAUCAAAACCUGACCCUAGAUCCAUCCUCAAAUCAAAUGAACCCGACAUCAACCGCAGCGUCAACCCUUACCACAAAUCCAAUGGCAUAUCCCCUAACUCAACUGGUGGGACCAUCUCCACUGGCUUUGGCUGUUACCCCCAAUGCUGCAAACCUUUAUGACCUCAACUUCUCAAGUCAAACAUCUCGUAUUAAACCUUUGAAAUUAAAAGCUGGAACUCAAGGGAUGACAACGACACCCGGUAUUGAGACCAAAGCUGAUCGAAAAUUUGCUCCUUAUAUAAAAGAAAUGGCAACUACAAUCGUUGAUUCUAACAAACCUCUAGAUGGACCUUCUGUUACCCUUACUAUUCGUUUAAUAAUGCAAGGUAAGGAGGUUGGUAGUAUUAUUGGUAAAAAAGGUGAUAAUAUUAAAAAAUUUCGUGAGGAAAGUGGUGCCAAAAUCAACAUAUCAGAUGGUUCCUGUCCAGAAAGAAUUGUUACUGUAACCGGAUCAACCGAGAGUAUUUUAAAAGCAUUCUCAUUGAUUGGUAGAAAAUUUGAAGAGAUUCAUGAACCAUGGAAAGAUGGUCAAAGUGGAACCAACCCGGUCACAUUACGUUUAAUAGUCCCUGCUAGUCAAUGUGGCUCACUUAUUGGUAAAGGUGGUGCUAAAAUUAAAGAAAUUCGAGAAAUAACUGGAGCAACUAUUCAAGUAGCCAGUGAAAUGUUGCCUAACUCAACCGAAAGGGCAGUUACCAUUUCGGGAAAUUCUGACUCAAUAACUAAAUGUAUCUAUCAGAUUUGUUGUGUUUUGAUGGAAUCACCGGCUAAAGGAGCAACAAUUCCUUACCGUCCUAAGCCGGCAAUGCCUCCUGUUAUAUUUGCCGGCGGUCAAGCUUAUACCUUACAAGGCCAGUACGCAAUACCUCACCCUGAUCUUACUAAAUUACAUCAGUUGGCGCUACAACAUGCACCUCUGUUACCAGGUCACAAUGUUGGUACCGUUAAUCCACAAGCGUUGGCAACAUUAACAGCAACCAGCUCAAUUAGACCAGUUGCAGCCACUACUUUAGCUACUACUGGUGCAGCAACUACUGAGAUGGCAAUCCCCAAUGAUCUAAUCGGAUGUAUUAUCGGAAAAGGAGGGGCUAAGAUUAACGAGAUUAGACAGCUUUCUGGAGCUUCGAUUAAAAUUUCCAAUUCAGAAGAAGGUUCUAAGGAAAGAACAGUUAGCAUCACAGGUACACCAGAAUCAAUCAAUUUGGCCCAAUACCUCAUUAAUUCCAGCAUGGAAUUGCAUCAAAACCUGACCCUAGAUCCAUCCUCAAAUCAAAUGAACCCGACAUCAAACGCAGCGUCAACCCUUACCACAAAUCCAAUGGCAUAUCCCCUAACUCAACUGGUGGGACCAUCUCCACUGGCUUUGGCUGUUACCCCCAAUGCUGCAAACCUUUAUGACCUCAACUUCUCAAGUCAAACAUCUCAUAUUAAACCUUUGAAAUUAAAAGCUGGAACUCAAGGGAUGACAACGACACCCGGUAUUGAGACCAAAGCUGAUCGAAAAUUUGCACCUUAUUAGGAUUUUAAUUAUUUAUAUCAGAUCUUAAAACGUUUUUUUUUGAUUUAUCAAAAUUUCAACCCACCUUUCUAUUGUUAUAGUUCCACAAUUAUCUUUUAAUUUGUCUCUUUCCUUUUAAAUCAAAAAAUUUAAUGUGCAUUUUAGGAACAUACACUGAAAAUUUAGGUUGAUAUUCCUAUUUCCUUUUUUAAUCCCUUGCCAUCAUUAUCCAUGUUCAUCAUCUUGUCUUCCUAUUUCUCCAUAUGUUUACAACUCAAUGUGAAAUCUCAUUGAGUUUUUGACUUAUUCAAAAAAAACCGAGUCACAAAUUAUUUUACCUCUUUUGUUCAUCUCAGUUACAAAUUGAUAUCAAAUCAACGUUAUUGAUUAGAUUAUCAAAUAUGUCAAAAUAUGAUGAAUACGCUCAUUAACCACCUAAAAUGAGGAUAAGAUGAAGAUGACUUUCAGUCAACAUUGAUUCCUUGCUUACCCAGUAUAAACCAAAUAUUGUAAUUUAUCUACAAAUGCAUUUAAAAACAUAUUCAUAUCCCUUACUGUUACACACCUUUAUACCCUUGAUCUUCUCUCUCCCCACCUCCCUCAUUCCUCAUCUAUCCCAUCUUCAUCAUCAUCUAUCUUUUAAAAUUGUUUCUCACUCAUACUCUUAGCUUUAUAUUCUCACCUUUACUCAGUAGCCAUUUUCCAGUAUAUAUAUAAAUAUAUAUAUGAAUACAAAUUCAUCACUUUGUUUCCUUUUAUUUUACUCCUUGACUCUGAAUCCUCUCGUUCUUCAACUCCUUUUAUAUCCUUUAGCUGAACAUUUGCAUGUUUUCUUCUAUCAAUCGGAUCAAAUCCAUAUUAAAUAAAUUUUCGUUUCAUUAAUAUAUUACCAUCAGAAAUAUCUUUCUCUUCUCUCUCCUUCCAAUAAUUUUCUGUUCUACCCUUCCAUAUGUAACUAUUGUUUUUGUCCACUCGAUGGUCAAGUAAAUUUGAAAACAACAAUGAAUUUUAUUUUACCUCAAACCAUUCUUUCCACAUUAACUAUUCAAAAUGCCCAACUACCUUUUUUAUGGAAAAGCAUACCAACAAAAUGAAACCUUUAUGCGGUUUAUAAGAGACAUUGACUAUUAGCAAUUUAACUUUAUUCAAAAUUGUCCUUCACCGGUGUCUAUACGAUUAUAUGGAGAGAGCCAAGUAAAACAAGCCAACAAGAUCUUUGUCAUUUAUCAUCUUCAUCUCAGACUUAUUCAAACAUAAACAAAUCACCUAAAGAAUGCGAUUCAGAAUCAAAAAGUGAGAGACUCACCAAUUCAGUUUAUCUCUACAUAAAGAAAGGAUUUAUCAAUGAAAGAAAAAUGAUGACUAUUCUUGAAAAUUUUGGUGAAUCGGAAUUAACUUAAACUAACCCAAAAUCAAAAAAAAAACGUUAACCUGACUCUUCAGUAUCACUCCUAUUCAAAAUGCGUUUAUGUAUAUAAAUACAACACACAUAUAUAUAAGCACAGCUGAUAAACAAAUCCUAGAAAGACUCUAAGUUAUAUCUUUAAAGCUUUUCACUUGUUAUUCAACCCUUCAUUGCUGUUAUUCACAACCUUUAUCAACUUUCUCUGGUUUCUUAAAAUGAAACUCGAGUCCAAUGGAUCUGCUUCGACAAGAAACCUCGUGAUGUACAAAUGAAACCCACUUUAAAUGUUAUCUUCACAUGUCCUCCAUCAUUCAAUCAUGCUCCAGUGUUAAACUGCUGUUGUUUCGUAACCUUUGCGAUUUAAGUUUGAAUUUUUGUCGACUUGUUUCCAUGAAAGCACACUCAGUUAUCUUCAUGAAUUAACUUCGUUUUCUUCUUUUUCUAUUUUCCUUCAUCGUCAUCAUCAUCAUCAUCAUCAUCAUCUUGUUUAGCUUCUAGCUGUUUGCUAGCUAAAGCACAUUCAACACGAAUCUCACUCGAUGUAUAUAUAAAUAUAAAUAUACAAUCUAUAUAAACAUGCAGCUCAACGCAAACACCAUUCACUUUCAUCAACUUACCAACAUUGCCAAUUGAAGAUUCUGUCUGUUCCCUUCUUCUUCAUCAUUAUCAUCUCUUCUUAUGAUUCUUCAUCUUUUUCCCGGACAACUGGCAAUUAGGACUGCUUUUAAUUUUUGUAAUCAUCAACGUUUCUCUUCUUCUCUGGCAUCCCACCAGGAUUAUUCAAUUUGAAUUCCUUGAAAGCGAAAUAGCUUCAAAUGAGUUUGCAAGAGCUUAUCUUUUGUUUUAAUCCACUGUUAAAAUCAACAAUGUAAACAUCGGGAGAUCAUUAUUACAUGUGAAAUCUAUGAUCGUCAUACUUUCAUGCAUCCAACAAACCCUUUCACCGCCUUUUUGUUAAAUUUCACUUGUUAGAGCCAUUUACCGCUUGAUAACCACUUGUUUAGGUGAAAAUCAGCUGUUGGUUUAAUAUCUUAGUCAAAAUUUGCAUUUCUAACCAUUGUUCAGUCAAUGAAUCGAAGCAUUUUUGCUAUAAUAAGUAAUCAGACGAAGAAAAUAACAUUAAAAACAAAUAAAAGCUGAACAAGUGAUUAUCAUCAAAUCCUUCACCAUCCAGUCUUAUUUUACCUAAUUUUGUCUCUGAAUGUGAUCACGCUAUCUUAUUAACUUAAAUCAAAGGCAGCUUAGUAGUAUUAUCAAUGAUCAUCUCAACUAGUCACUAAAUGUUAUUGCAAUAUUGCAAUCCCACCGAAUCAAUUGAAUCUCGCUAUUCAAUAUGAUGUCAUUGUAUUGGUAGCCAAUCUUAUUUCCUAAAGCAUAACUUCAUCACUAUUUACCUCUUUCUCUCUCUCUCUCUCUCAUAAUCAUAAGUACAAACUAUGAUUAACUGAUUAAUCCACCUUCAAUCUAUAUUGAAAUCUAUUAUUGUGUCAUUUCUAAAUCUUGAAAUACUUGCAUCAAGUGCAUGUAGAGCAUGGUUCGAAAACAUUUCAGCUUAUUCUCUUAUUCCUCUCUUGAUCUUUUCAACUUUUACCCUUUAAUAUCAGACAAAAAUGGUUAAAAUAAUGAUAAUGAUAAUCAGUCGAGUCCGUCACUUGCCAUCUUGAAACACAAAUCACACAAAGAAUCAGAGUUUCCUGCUGUAAACACAAAGAAGAAAAAAAUGAAUGAGAAAUUUGAAACUUGGCUUAACUUCUUGUCGUUCUGGAUGAUGAAGAGGGAAAUAGACAAAUGGAGACGUGAAUGAUGAUGUUGUUAAAGAUGAAGAUAAAUAUCUAUGUCUCUCUGUAAAUCUUUUUUUGUACAGCUUUUGUCCAUUGAGAUACGGAAAAAAAUUAGAGACAGUUUUGUAUCUAUUUUUGUGCACUCGACUUGACAAAGUAAUAUCUACAAGAGAAUUAAUGUUAAUGUUAAUUUUUAAAUUAAUUUACAUUACUUCUCAUUUAAAUACAACAAUGAGAUUCAAUCAAAAUCAACUCAAUUACAAAAAACAAAACAAUGUUUCUAUGGGCCAUGUACAAAGUACAAAAUUACACUCUUUAUCCAAUUGUAUAAAAAAGCGCUAAAUUUGAUCUGUUAAAACAUUAUCAUUAUCAUUAUCAGACAUCUUGCCCUGCAAAAAUGAUUUAUCUAACUAUAUUAUUAAAUCUUUAGCUUCUCUUUGAUCGAUAGCUCUUAACACUUAGUUGAUCAGAUAGUUACUUGAGUAAUAAUUGAUAAAUCAUUUUUCUAAAUUUCGCAUGACCUCACUACACUUAAAAAAUUACUCUUUGUCUAGAAGUUACUUGCAUCUCUUAACACUCAAUGACCUACACAUAAGCUUUACAAUCUUUUCUUUUGUUAAUCUUUGUUCUAAUUUUCGUCUUUCUCAUUGUUUGUAUAAUUUAAGCUGUUUUUCUUAAGUUUUCCCUACCUUUACCCAUUCACACAUUUUUUGUUCAACUCUUAACUUGUUAAUUGUCGCUUACUUCAUUCAAUUAACCAAAUUUUGUUUGUACAUUGUAACAAGACAGUUUCAUCUUACAUCCGUAUCUAUCUGUUAACUGACACAAGCGAUUUUGGAUUUUGGCAAGACUUGAGGACAAAGACUCAACCAUACAAUGUUUGGCUUUGCGCUUCUCCUUAAUCAUUUUACAUGAUCAUCAUCUUCAUCUUCAACUUGCUGCUUACUUCUGGUUAAUUUUCAGACUACAAUGUAUUAAUAGGAACUCCAAGUCAAGAAACUUCAUUAUGGAAUGUAUUGUGUUCUCUCAAAGUUUGGUAACAAUCAAAAUAUAAUCCAAAAAAAGCUCCAUUGGUCUGGCUGAUAGAGAUUUGGUUUUUUUCCUGAUUCGAUGUUUUUUGGUUUUCAUUCCUCUUAUCGGCUGAAGAACUCUUAAUUUCGUGAUAUUUUAUUCAAAAUUCAAUCGUACGUUUAUUGAAGUUGCAGAAUAUAUACAACACUUGAUUUUUUCUCCUGUUGGGUAACUCAAUUUAUUGAACUUUGGUCUGGCAACGUUAUUUGAAUUGAACCUAAAUUUACAAUGGUAUCGCCCAACAAUGAACCAAAUCAUCAUGCAUUCAUUUAAAUUCUAAUAUAACUUUUUAACAAAUCAUCAAAUCAGCAAAUGGGAUCAAUCAGCUCAAAUCUUUUUUUUCACUGGAAUCUUUUACUGGAAGGAAGAUGGUAUUUCAAUUGACUCACUGGUGACGAUUAAUUAAGGAAAAGUUUCGAUAUCCAAAUAGAUAAUCUGUGGAUAAAUGAAUGUUACAAUUUUUUUGAGACAACAUUUGGAACAAAUGAUCAAGGUUUAUGGAGAAAACUCAAUCAUUGGUGAUAUCUUGAGAUGACUUAACUGAAAGUAACUCUAGUUUGAUUGAUAUUCAUACUAAACCAGUGAUGCCCAGUAAAGAUGUUAAAAAAGCUGUUAACCUAAUUUUCAAUACAAUUCAAAUGAAACGGUUGUGAUACUAAGGACCAACCAAAGAUUAAGAUAAAGCCAAAGAAAAGAACCUCACCGUUUCAUAUUAACUUCAUUUUGUUAGCUUCACGUAAAACUAUGAUUGCAUACGAAUGCUAAUUAUUGAAGAAAUCGUUUCAUCAUUCGCAUUAACCGCUUAUCAAUGUUAAAUUGUGGACAUACAAGUGUAAAUUCAACUUCUUCAACUUUUUACUGCGAAAUGGUUCAGGCCUGAUGAUGGUGAUUAAUCUAAUUGUAAAAUAAGACACUUUACCAACCUGUAUUUUGAAGGAAGACAAUUUAUUACUCCAUUUUUGCUAUUUCAAUUUCAAAAUUUUUACUCUCAAGAGUAAUGGAGUAAAUAUCAAUUCUGAUAUUCCUUUUUCUCUAAGUAUUAACUGAAUUGCAAUGGUGGUGGUACAGAUAAAUAUUUAGAUGUUCAACUAGAAUGCUAUUAAAUGUAAAUUAGAUUAAUCAUCAAAAUUCAGAAAAAAAUUGUGAAAAAAGUCUGAUUGUUAUUGAUUCAAAUUUUGUAUUGUACAUGGUAAUACAAUGCUAAGUUUGAUCUUAUUUUAUUUUGUAAGCAAUCAACAUAUAGAUUAUAAUUAGUUUUUUUCUCAUCUAAUUAACUCUAUUACUUAACCUCAUCCUUAAUCAAACUAAAAACUUGAAAAAUCUGUUUAAAAAAAUGAUAUUCUAAUAGUUUAUGCCAAUGAUUAUAACAAUCCUUUUCUUUCCCGUUCCCAUAUUAACCUCACAAUUGAAAUUUACCAAAGCAAAAUAUAAUAACUGGCUUAAAUUGUUUUCACAAAAUUUGCAACAAAAAAUAGAUUUGUUCAAGCAAUUUAAAACUGAUGAUGUCAAAUCAAUGUGAUAAAUAAGCAAAAAAUAUGAUCUUUUUGCUUUCUUCCCCAUUUACAGUUUACAUUGUGACAACCAAAGGAUGGAUCAACUCGUUUUUAGUCAAGAAAAUGUAACAAUUAAGAUGAUUGUGAAUUGUAUAGACACAAAAAUUGUGAUUACAUUUUAAUUACACUUUCAUCCUGAUUUA